AUGUUCAAAAGUACCUCUCAUUUGAUGCCUGUGUUUAAAAAUUUAAUUUCCUUGAUGCGAUAUCCAUCGUCAUCGUGCAAAAAUGUUUUGAAUCAUCAUUCCAGAGGAAAUAUCGUCCUCAGUUGGAUGAAUUCUCCUCAAAUAAUGUCUUUUCAUCGAUCGGAAAUGGGAAACAAGAGCACGACAACAAAAAACAAGAGCCUCGAUAAAAAGGCUGAAGCAUCAUCUCCCGACAGUUCUAGCGCUACCACCAUGGCAACAUCAACGCACGAAUCCACAACUUCCUCUCCACCAAAUUUACCACUGGAUAACACAUUAAAGAAUCUUAUCGACAAGUUCAUAUCUUCUCAGCCAACUACUUUGGAGCGUUUGGAUCCGAAAUAUGAAAUUGAACUGAUAAGAGCCAAAAUUAAAGAAGGAUUUACAGCUCGACGAGGUUUGGACACAAUUCUAAAGUAUUAUCACAAAAUGAUAGAUCUAUUGAUGGAUGCCAAAGACUUGGAACAAGCAACAACAGAAACAGAAUAUUGCAUUCAAAUUUCGGUGGAUCUUCUCGGAGAAAAUCAUAUCAAUGUUUAUCGAAUGAGAGAGAAGUUGGCAUUAAUACAUUUCUAUUCGCACAGGUAUUUGGAAGCUCUAAAAGAACUGCACAGCAUGUACUUUGUGGCUUACAAUCUUGCUGAAGCAAAUGAGGAACAUUUGACUCUUGUGAAGGACAGUGCCUAUGCUUUAAAUUAUGUCACGUUCUUCACCGAUUACUUUUAUGGAGUUUUCUCUCAAGAAGAGCUUAAUUCAAUACUCAGAAUCUAUAUUUCUAAUACAGAGCUUUCAUCUAAGAUUACUCUUACAAGUUUGGCCAAACAAUUUCCUGAUUGGAAGCGAUAUGAAAUGGCUGACAAAUUUAUCAUUGAUAAAUUGAAACGAGAAGAAAACAAAUUGUCCAGCUUGUCUCUUGUAAGCUACAAGACAGAUGUAAAAUCAGAAAUUAGAAAACAGCAAGAUUUAAUUUUUGACCUCUUGAAAAGGCAAGGAUUUUUAUAUGAGUCUGAAAAACGUGUACAGCUCGCAUUUCAUCAAUACGAACGAACACUCACAAAAGCCAUGACAUUUUACGGAAAGAACUCGAUUCAGGUGGGUGAAACGUUGGUUUCACUCGCUGCUAUGGGCUCUCUCGCUGAAAAAUUUGAGACCAGUCUCUCGUAUGCAAAAAGAGCUUGCGUCUUGUUGAACGCCAUUCCCGAAAGUAUCACCAAGAAGAAUCCAGAGUAUGAAGUAAAGCUUGGAAAAGCUCUUGUGACGAUUGGAGAAAUCUAUUCGAAUGGAGCAAAAGAUCUUCCUGCCAGCGAAAUACUACCGUAUUUGGAAGCUGAAAAAUUCAUCUCUUCAGGAAUGAAUAUUAUUGACAAACAUUAUGGACGAGAUAAUCCAACAUGGAUUCUAGCUGCUUACAGUCUUGCUUGCAAUUAUGAUUCAUUAUGUUCCUGUAUCCACGAACUUGCAUUGGAAGAAAUGAUGACUAAAAUGGGAGAAGCAGGAAUUCAACAAGAUUCUACAAAUUUUGAGGUGACUCUUUCCGAGGAGAAUCAAGAGAAAGUGAACAAGUGGAGAGAAAAAGCAGAUAAUUUAUUUGAGUUGAUACGUGAGGUGAUCAGUAUGAGCCCUGCAAAAUACUUACUCAAAAUUCCACUCACCAAAGGUUCAGUAUUUUUAGAGGAGUUUAUGGCUGACGAUUCGAGAGCGUUCAGACAAACCACUAUUGCCAAUGAAUAUCCUCAACCUGAAAUUAUUCAUGAAUUAUAUUCAUCGAGUCGGCAAUACCAUUUACUCGGAUCCCUCGAGAAGGGAAUUGAACAUUUGACAAAUGCCAUUCAAUUAUUUGACGAACAAUAUGCACCUGAUGAGUAUGUGUUUGAGAGAGAAUUUGCAAGUACUGAACUUGCCAAGCUUUACAACAUUGCUGGAAAUAUUGAUCAAGCAUUGUCAUUGCUGGAGAAAAGUAUGGCUAGAAUUGAGAAGGCUUUCGGAAAUGAGAGCAAACUUUAUUUGGAAGUGAAUCAUGCAUUCCAACAAAUUGCCUCUCUGAAAGGACUUUCUGAGGAUCAACGAAAAAAACAUUUUCAAAAUCUUCUUGAAAAGUACAAUAAGGAUUAUGAAGAAUUGGCAAAGCAAGCGGAGAGAGAAACCAUGAAAGAGAAGGAGGGAAGACAAAUACUGAUGCAACAACAAGGCGGUCACUCAGUUGAGAGUAACAAGACUCUGAUGGAUGAUUCCAAAGUUGCUGUUCCUAUUAAUAAGGUUGAAGCUGGCAAUUCUACAACCUCAUCAUCUUCAAACCCUUCGUCCACUAAGAAAGAAUCAUUGCUGAAAAAGAAACCUUCCAAAAAGAAAAAAUAA